AUGGUCAAUUCCUGUUGUGGCUCCACCUGCUCUGAGGAGGGCUGCUGCCAGCCCAGCUGCUGCCGCCCCAGCUGCUGUGUGUCCAGCUGCUGCAGGCCCUGCUGCCAGUCUGUAUGCUGCCAGCCCUGCAGCCGCCCCAGCUGCUGUGUGUCCAGCUGCUGCCGCCCCAGUUGCUGCAUCUCCAGCUGCUGCAGGCCCUGCUGCCAGUCCAGCUGCUGCCGCCCCAGCUGCUGCAUCUCCAGCUGCUGCAGGCCCUGCUGCCAGCCCAGUUGCUGCAUCUCCAGCUGCUGCAGCCCCUGCUGCCAGUCCAGCUGCUGCCGCCCCAGCUGCUGCAUCUCCAGCUGCUGCAGGCCCUGCUGCCAGCCCAGUUGUUGCAUCUCCAGCUGCUGCAGGCCCUGCUGCCAGUCCAGCUGCUGCCGCCCCAGCUGCUGCAUCUCCAGCUGCUGCAAGCCCUGCUGCCAGCCCAGCUGCUGCCGCCCCAGCUGCUGCAGUAGUUCCUGCUGCUGA